UCACCUCACAUAAACUUCCAUAGAACACUAAAUUCCCAUUACACGACGAGAAACAAAUUUUCAGUUGUUUGUAUUUGGCUCGAAUAAUAAUCUCCAAUUAUUAGUAUAUUCCCUUCCCUCCAUAAAAUAAAAAAACCCAUUCCCCAACUUCCCCUUCCAAGCCCGCUGCAGUGCACGCACGUAGGGUUUCGAUCCAUCUCCGGCCACCGCCAUGGAGCAUUUGAACAAGCAGUUGGAAGAAGGCUUUCUCCUCCACAACCACAACCACCACCAUGAACCCAGCCUCCUCAGCCACCGUGAACUCUCCUCCACCGCCGACGACGACGACAAGCAGUUUGAAUCAUCACCAUGCUACCAAGAAAAAACCGACGACGAGAAGCCUUACAGCAAGAUAAAGCUGAUGAACAAGAUCUACUACAUGAACAUGAUCAAGGCCGAGAAGAUGAAGAGCGCCGUCGUUUCAAAACUCCGCAUCGCCAUGUUCAAAAACUUGGCCACGCGCCUGACCGGCGCGUUCCUCGCCCUCUGCAUCCUCUUUCAGUUGAGGGCGCUCGCCGGCCGGGGCGGCCCCGGAGGUGCUGACGUGGACGCGGAUUUCUACAAGUCUCUUCCUCCCGAGAGGAUUUAUGAGAGCAAUGGGUAUUUGAUGAUAUCUUCCAAUGGAGGAUUAAACCAGAUGAGAUCCGGUAUAUGUGACAUGGUGGCCAUUGCAAGGUUCCUGAAUGUCACAUUGAUUGUUCCUGAACUCGACAAUACCUCCUUCUGGAAUGACCAGAGCCAAUUUGCUAACAUAUUCAACGUGGACUAUUUCAUUGCAUCUCUAAGAGAUGAAGUCAAGAUACUGAAACUACUGCCUGAAGAUCCAAAGCAGAAGAUCAUUGAUACAGGCUCCCUAUACUCUAUGGCGCCUGUCAGUUGGUCCAACAUGUCAUAUUACUACAACAAGAUCCUACCAAAAAUUAAGUCAUUCGAAGUCCUUCAACUCACCAAGUCAGAUGCCAGAUUGGCCAACAACGGCAUCCCCGAGGAAGUUCAAAAGUUGAGGUGCAGAGUCAACUACCAGGCGUUGAGAUUCGCUCCUCCAAUCGAGAAGUUGGCCAAAAAAAUUGUCAGAAUUCUCAAACAAAACGGCCAGUUCCUAGUUCUCCAUCUCAGAUACGAGAUGGACAUGUUGGCCUUCUCAGGAUGCAACGAAGGAUGCUCCGCUCAAGAGAUCCAGGAACUCACAGCAAUGAGGUACGACGUAACAAAAAUAUCACAAAUAACCUUUGUUCUCCAAGUUAAAACCCAUAGUGAAUUUUUUUGAAAAAACAACACGUGGAACUUCGUUUUUUCCCUUUUUUGCCCAUGUAUUUUUUUCUUCAGGUAUGCAUAUCCAUGGUGGAAAGUGAAGGAGAUCGACUCGGACAAAGUGAGGCAAGAAGGGUUGUGCCCUCUGACCCCAGAGGAAACAACACUGGCGCUCCAGGCACUGGACAUCGACCCCAAGAUUCAGAUCUACAUCGCGGCGGGAGAUAUCUAUGGCGGGGAGAGGAGGCUAGCCAGCAUGAGGAAAGCCUUCCCGAGGCUGGUCAAGAAAGAGACAUUACUCCGAGAAUCGGACCUGGCACCAUUCAUGAACCAUUCAAACCAGAUGGCUGCGCUGGAUUACCAUGUGGCCGUCGAGGCCGACAUUUUCGCACCGACUUAUGGCGGGAACAUGGCCAAGGUUGUUGAAGGACAUAGAAGGUUUUUAGGGCACAGGAAGACUAUAUUGCUUGACAGGAAGGCUAUCGUGGGGCUGGUUGAUCGGUACAAAAAUGGAGGCUUGAGUUGGGAGGAAUUCUCGACCGCGGUGAAGGAAGCUCAUUCGGAUAAAAUGGGGCAGCCGACGAGGAGGCUGGAGAUUCCUGGUAAGCCGAAGGACGAAGACUAUUUUUACACUAAUCCGCAAGAAUGUCUGCCGCAGCUUGAAGAUUGAGAGGAAAAAUGGGGUUCCAAAAACAAUUUGGGGGGUUGUGACAUUUUGUCUUGUGUACAUUAAUUGUCGAUAUCAAACAUUGGCAGCAAGAUCGUGAUGUUUAUGAGGAGGGGUGUUGGUGAAGAAUAGUGUAGGGAGUUAUUUCAAAAGGUCUAAUUUUCUUGUAUUAAUUAAUGAUGAGCUAGAGAUAUAUUCCACAAACAACAUUGAAAAUGUGAAAUAUUUAUAAACUCUUUGAAUUUGUCUUCACUCUCGAUCUAUUUCUUGUUUGUUAUUGUAGUCCU